ACCACUAUGGCGGCUGCCGGUGGUGGCUUUGAAAGUGCGAGGAGCGUCGACGAGCGUAAAGAACAGACCCGGAUUGCCAGGACCGAGGUGUUGCGACAGGCUAAAGCCAAUUUUGAAAAGGAAGAAAGGCAUAAAGAACUUAAACGACUUCGGGAGAAGGAAACAUGGAUGCUACCUGAUGUGAAUAAGCGAGUUGAACAGAUCUCACAGGAACACUGUGUGAAGAAAAAGAAGAAAAAAGACAAGCAUUCAAGAAAAGUAAAAAAAGAGAAGAAAAAAAAGAGCAAGAAACAAAAGUGUGAAAAAAACAAUGAGUCAACUGACAGUUCAUCAAGCUCUGAAGAUGAGUGGGUUGAGGCUGUUCCCUCCCAUACUACUGGCAAGGAAAAGGCCUGGAAGGUGAAAGAUGAAAAGUCAGAAAAAGAAGACAACCAAGUUAUUCAGAGGGAUGAAUGGAUGACUGUUGAUUUUAUGUCUGUUAAAACUGUGUCAUCAUUAUCACUCAAAGCUGAAAAGGAAACUAUAAGGAAAAUAGAGCAAGAGAAAACCCAAGCACUUGAACAGUUCAGACUGCUGGAAAGAGAAUUGAAUCCAUACUGGAAGGAUGGUGGGACAGGUCUUCCACCAGAAGACUGUAAUGUGUCAUCAGUUACUAAAGUAGUAGAAGAUGGUGGUUUAAGCUGGCUAAGGAAGUCUUACCAAAGAAUGAAGGAACAAGCUGAGAAACAAAAUAGAAAUUUUGAAGACAUUGUAGCUGAAAGAUAUGGGUCAAUGGAAAUCUUCCAGUUGAAAUUAAAAGAAGCUGAGAAAACUGCAUUUAUGAAAGAAGACUGUAGACGAGAACGGUGGAGGAAACCAGCAUACUCAGAUAGAGCACAAAGUAGUCAGGAAAGUAGAAAAUCAGACUUGGUAAAAUAUAAUAAAAGUUCAAGAGAAAGAUAUAAUACGACAGAUAUUGCAAAGAAUAUCAAUAAAGAUAAGUUUAGUGGUGAUGAAAAAGAUAGUAGAUCUGGGUCUUUAGAAGCAUGUAGAAAAGAAUCCAGUCCAAAACAAAAUCAAGAGUUUUCUUCUCAUAUAAAUUUGAGACCUAAAUUCUUAAGACCCUCUGAUGAACUGUCAUUUCAUAGCAAGAACAGAAAUUUUGAACCAUCUAGUUCAUCUUCAGCACUGGUCUCUCAGGGUUCUGUACAUUGUGGUUUUCGAAAAUCCACAGAGAACAGUGAAGAAAGUUUAUCAUGGUGGAGUCGAUCUGAUGGGAGAGAAGGAGACAGGAAACAUUCAAAUCGAAAACCAUUAGAAACCAGUCACAGUGUUGACCGUGGACAAGUUUCAGAAGACGUGAGAGAAAAAUCACAGGGUGAAAGCUUGAGAGAGAACUCUCUGAAAAAAGAACACCUACAGGAUACAAAGUCUUCGCUUGCUGGGAGUAGUCCAGUGGAUGACUCUAUCCACAUCUUGAGUGUUGAUGAGAAGAACAAGUUGGGAGCCAGGAUUAUCAAGGCAGAGAUGAUGGGAAAUAUGGAAUUAGCUGAACAACUUAAAGCCCAACUUGACAAGGCAAAUAAAUUCGAAGACAACAUAAUGCAGAUAUCAUCAAAAAAAUCUGGGGUAGAGAAUGAAGAUCAGGAAGAAGUGAUCCUUGUCAGAACAGAUCAUUCUGGAAGAGUCUGGCCUGUGAACACACCACGAAAACAUCUGGAAUCUAAAGGAGGAAGAAGGAAGAGACUGAUUGCUUCAACCUAUGAGGAAAAAGAAAGGGUCAGAUACUUUCAUGAUGAUGAUAUUCUAAGCCUAAAUGAUUUAGUCAAGAACGAAAAGAUGGGAACAGCAGAAAAUCAAAACAAACAUUUUAUGAAAAUGACAUCUAAGUUUAUGGGAAAAACAGAUGGAGACUAUUACACUCUGGAUGACAUGUUUGUCUCCAGAGCAGCUGAGAGAGAAUGUUUUGGUGAAGAGGAGGAGAAUCAGAGGAAAAAAGCUAUUGCUGAGCACCGGAGUCUUGCUGCACUAAUGGAAAAAUGUCUGUAUUGUUUUGACAGCUCUCAAUUUCCCAAGCACCUUAUUGUUGCAAUAGGUGUUAAGGUUUAUUUAUGUUUACCCAACUUACGAUCUCUUACUGAAGGGCACUGCUUGAUAGUCCCUUUGCAGCACUAUAGAGCAGCUACCUUAUUGGAUGAAGACAUCUGGGAGGAAAUUCAGAUGUUUAGAAAAUCAUUGGUAAAGAUGUUUGAAGAUAAAGGAUUGGACUGUAUCUUUUUAGAAACAAAUAUGAGCAUGAAGAAACAGUAUCAUAUGGUUUAUGAAUGCAUUCCUCUCCCAAAGGAAGUGGGUGAUAUGGCUCCCAUCUAUUUUAAGAAAGCCAUAAUGGAAACUGAUGAAGAAUGGUCUAUGAACAAGAAAUUGAUUGAUCUCUCUUCAAAAGAUAUCAGAAAGUCUGUACCCAGAGGCUUACCUUACUUUUCUGUGAAUUUUGGCCUCCAGGGAGGGUUUGCCCAUGUCAUUGAAGAUCAACGCAAAUUCCCUUAUUACUUUGGAAAGGAAAUCAUUGGUGGGAUGCUGGAUGUAGAACCAAGACUUUGGAGAAAAGGGAUCCGAGAAAGCUUUGAGGAUCAGAGGAAGAAAGUACUGCAGUUUGCUCAGUGGUGGAAACCAUUUGACUUCACCAAAAGUAAAACAUGUUGAGACAUACCUUUCAUUUUUUUAUGUCCUCUUCAGAUUUCUUUCAGUUUUAUUUCCAUUGCAUCUAACUAAACAACUGACCAUCAGGUAAUAGGAAGAGAGUCAUGAUCUGGUUUUAUGACAACUGCAUCAUUGGAUUGUGUCGGUUUCCUUCCCCACCUGCUCCUGUGGACUUCAUUGUAGCAACUGUGGAGCAAGACCAGUUAUGUUGUGUAACCUGUGCUUGUCCUGUUCUGUACCUAUGUCUUGGUAUUCUGAACUAUUUAUAUUAACAUAUAGAAAGACUCUUCUGAAGGAUUAUCUAGGAAGUAUAGCAAAUCAUUGCUUCAGAGGGAAGCGGGUCUGCUUCAAGUUUAAGUCUGCUGACUAGCUUCUGCAUUUUUUAAACUAAGAGUUGGCAUAUUUAGUAAUAAUUGAAAUUUCUUUUCACAGCAUUUUAUAGAAGCUCUUAAUUUUCUACCAAUAGCAUAUAUAUUACUACUAUUCUUUUUAUUAAAGGAGAAAAGAAUGUCCCAAAAGUAAUUAAGAAUUAAAUAAGGUAUAUAACAUGUUCAUGAUUUGUUUUUAUUUCUGCAUUUUUAAAUAGUGUCUUUGAAUUUUGGUGAUUUUAAAAGUAAUUGUUCCAAAAAUUACAGUUUACAGUUGUUUGGGGUUUGUAUGAAAGUUAAAAAUUUUAGCCAAAUCAUCAUUUUGGGGUUGUAUUGAUUAUUACAAAAUCUUAAGUAAUGUGAGUAUUUUUAGUGUCAGGAACACAUUCCGUUGUCCCAUUUGAUCUAAGGUUCUUCAUUUUCCUUUAUUCUUACACUUGGUGUGAAGAGAAAAACCCUAUACAUAUAAAAUAUGGCCAUGGUCUCUAAGAGUGUUCUUACUUUAUUUUUUAUAUGGGAGAUAUUUUUGUAGUAACCCUUUUUCAAAGAUGUUGAUUUUUUUGGAGCGGAACCUUGACAUUUUGUCAUGAAAUGUUGAAUACUUAGAAUCAAUGUGACAUGUACUCUACAGUAACUCCUAACUCGAUGUAGUUAUUUUUAAUAUUGACAUCUCAUUUCUUUAGUAUCUUGAAAAAAGAGAAAUGUUUAUGUUCUGUCUGCAGUUUUAAAAUUUUAAUAGAAGUUGGAAGUUUAAUGGUUUCAGAUUCUCAAUAUUUGCAAAUUGGAUUUAAGUUAUUAUCGCAUUGAUACUUGAUAGUAUUUUAUUUAUUGCUGUUUUCAGACUCUUUUGGCCUUGCGGCAAAGUCUCAGAGGAAUCUUUAACAUUCAUUUAUUCAGUCAGUGAGUUAACAAACAUUUGUUUGCAGGGCAUUUUGUUGCAUACUGGUAGUACAAAAGUAAAAAAUACUUCCUAUACCUUAAAUCAUUUCAUAGUUUAGUGGUGCAAGAGACAUGUUCAAAAAUAUUUGCAGCAGAAUAUAAGUUCUAAUGCAAGAUAUGUGCCAAGUGUAUUCAAGUACAGUGCUAAAGGACUGUUUAUACCUCCUCUGUUUUCAUUCUUAGCUGAUGAAUCUUGCUUCCUGUUUUACUGAGAAAAUAGAACUAAAUAGAAGGAAGUUUCUACCACAUCUAAUUAAUAUACCUGCAUCUGUACCCAUGUACUCUGCUUUUCCUCUUGAUAACUAUAGGUAAAUUAUUUUGUUGUCCUUAUCUAGAGCUAGUCAACUCAUUUAUGUACUACUAGAUUUCAUCCUUUUUCACCUACUCAAAUGCCUCUACCCUCUGAAUUAUUAGAUUUUUUCCUCUCUAUAAGAUUAUUUCAAUUAGCAUACAAAACCUUUAAUAAUAUAUCAACAACAAGCCCUGGCAUCAUACUGCCACCCCUAGUCAUUUCUCUUCUCCAGUUGACCAAAAUUCAUUAAAAAAAAUCUUUCCUUUCCUUCCAUCUUCUUCCUGUUCUCAUUAGUUAGACUUCAUCCUCACCAUUCUACUAGUUUUAGUUUUGUUUAUGGUAAGGUCCUCAGUUCCUUCCACAUUGCCAAAUCAAAUAAUUUAUUCUCAGUGCUCAUCUUACUCUAUCAGCUUCAUUGGCAUACUUGAUCACUUCCCCUUCUUGAAACACUAUUUUUACUUUGCUUCUAGAACACUCUCUCUUAUUUAUCCUCUUUCCUUACUGGCUGCAUCCUCUCAAUUUCCUUUGCUGGUUUCUCCUCUUGUCAACUUCUAAGCGUUGAAAUGCCUAUUCUCAAACUGUAACUACUGUAUUCACUCUCUCCCAAGGUAAUUUUCUCAAUAAAAUGGUCUUAAAUACUAUUUUUAAGUUGGUUCAUUUACUCAACAAAUAUUUGAGUGUCUUCUAUAUGCCAGUCACUGGUCUGUGUGCAGGGGUUACAUUAGUGAAGAAAACAAAAAUCCCUGUGUUUGAGGAGUUUACAUUGUAUCAGAGAAGACAGAUAGUACACAUUAGACAAUAAAUAAAUUAUCUAGGAAAUGUCAGAGGUGAUAAGUACUAUGGAAAAAGGAAAAUAGAAGAGAACAAGGAGGAUGUUUUCUAAAUUUUUAUUCACUUUGGACAUCUUCACUGAAUUCCAGAAUCACAUAUCCAAAUACCAACUUGACAUCUGUUCUGUAACUGUAUCGGUAGUAAGCAUAUCUAAACUGAACUCCUGAUUUUCCUCCUGUUCUAGUUAUUUAUAAUACCCAUUUCAUUAUAUCUCAUGGUUUUAUAGGUGAGACGUUUGGUCAGGGCUCAGCUGGAUGAUUUGCCUCUGCUUCAGGAUGUCCGGGACCUCAGCUGGGGUGGCUCAAAUGUCUGGAGAUGACUGGGGUCAUAUGUCUGGAUACUCUGUUCUUCAUACAGUGUAUGCUGAAGCUGGAAUAGUGGAAAUGGUUCCUUUACUCACAUGUGUGGUGCCUAUAGUGGAAUGAAUGGAACAGCUGGGGAUGGGCUGAUAAUACUCUUUUCUCCUAUGGUAAUUUCAGGGUAGUUGGACCUGCUAUAUGGCUUCUGGAUUCCUCCAGAGCAAGCAUUCCAAAAGACAGUUCCAAGAGAUAACAGGUGGAAAGUGCCAGUCUUCUAGAGUCUGGUGCAGCUUAACUUUUGCUGUGUUCUUUUUAUGAUAAAGUUGUCACAGAGCCCACCUACAUUCAAGAAGAGGGGUCAUAACCCUAUCUCUCAGUGGGUGUAGUGUCAAAUAAUUUGUGGUCAUCUUUAGUCUACCACAGUCCACCCUCUGGCCACAAACUUAUACUCCUCCUAUGUGAAAAACAUAUUCAAAUCCACCCAAGAAAGUCCCAUUCCAGUAGGGCAUUAGACUUAGGCUCAAAAUUCAGGAUCCCAUCUAAAUCAGGCCCAGAUGGAGAUGAGGUUACUCAGGUGCUUCAAUCUGAAGACCUGUGAACUUAGACAAAUUAUCUGUACCCCUUACACACACACACACAAUCAAACAUACAGUAGUAAGAGAAGUAUAUAGUUACUGCAGUGGAAACAUUCAUUGAAAAAGAUGGAAAACUUGAGGCACAUUUUAGUCACUGUUCGCUAGUAAUUCUAAAAUUAAGGCAAGCAUAUGUUGCCAGUUGCUUGAUUAGGGCCCCAGUCCUGCUUCCUUUUUUUUUCUUUCCCCAGUCCUGCUUCUUGAGAAUGAUUCCAUUGGGCUCUUUGCUCUGCCCUUUGCACUGUUGGUUCAACCCUCAGUCAGCCUUUGUUUUUCAUAAGAAAUAACUCAAGACUUACACUUCCAGCUAAGACAAAGUAACCACAUUAUCUUCCUGUCCAAAACAACUGAAAAAUAGACAACAUAUAUGAAAGGAUGGUUUUUAAGACAUGGGAUAUCAGGCAAGAAAGUAUAAUGAGCCCUAAGAGAUGGAGGGAAAGUGAGAUAAACCCUGUAUUACCCUAUCUUAUUGCUGUGAGGGUUUCCACCUUGUGGUACAAGUUGGGAGAAUCCAGGCAGAGCCCGUUGAACUAACUGAGUUGAGGAAGUAGAACUAUGAGUCUGGGGAGACUAAGACAACAGGACUGGUUACUAGAGAAGAGAUUGCUACACAGAGAGAGAAUUCUAGAGAUCUUCAGAGGGUCCCCUUCUAGUAUCUGUAGACUGACUAAUUGUAUGCAUGUGAGGAAACUACCCAAGGCCAGGAAAAGAUUGACCUACCCGAGAUGAUUAAGGGGAACCUUUCUUGAUAGCUAGAAUGGAAAAUUUCAAGAUUGACUAGGAAUUGGAUAGAGUACACAGAUGGUAAUUGCAGUGUAGAAUAAUUAUUCCAACACUUAGCACUGAUCUAGUUUUGACAGACAUCUUAAAAGCAAGAGGCAAAAGGCUCAAACUGUUUCCAAGUAACUGCGUCUUGGAACAGAGCUUAAAAGUAUGUAUAGGAAUAAAAAUAUAUCCAAUAGUCACAAUAUAAAAUUCAAAGUGUCUGGCCUCCAGUCAAAAAUUACAAGGCAUGCAAAGAAAGCAGCUACAUGGAUAAAUAUAUAAGAUUUUUUUCUUAUUCUCUAGAUUUCUUUAAAAGAUAUUUUACUUUUAUAAACAAAAACAGUAUGAGGUUUAUAACAUAUGUAAAAGCAAAAUAAAUGACAAUAAUAGCACAAGGGUGGGAAGGGGAGAAGUGAAAGUACAGGAUAUUGUACUAUAUUUGAAGCAGUAUAACAGAACUUGAAUGUAGGCUGUGAUAAAGAUAUGUAAUUAACUCUAAAGCAGAUCCUAAGAUUAAAAAAAACAAGCAAAUAAAGAUUUAUAGCAAAAA